AUGGCCUCCCCCGAUGCAAAGUCCGAUCUCCUUCUACAGGAAGAGGGCGCCGUUGCUUUGUCGGGAAAUACGACUACGGUUGCGAGCUCCAUCUUCGCCUGGAAAGAUCCUAACUUCCUCGCUGUCGAGGUCAAGCUCAUCUUCACUGCUCUUGCUCUCAUUUACAUCGGUGCCCACGCCGCCCUCAGACGACCUCCUUCCGCGGCACCUGCCGUCAAAACCAAGUCCGGCAGGCCGCGGAAGAAGAAGCCCUCCGACGACGAUGUCUUCACUCAAGGGCUGCUCCCCUCCGACGCUAUCAUCUUCCCCGUCAUGGCCGGCAUUGUCCUCGUCGGCCUGUACUACCUCAUCCAGUGGCUCCAGGAUCCCGCAAUUCUCAACAAGAUCCUGCGAGGCUACAUCUCCAUCAUGGGGAUUUUCAGCUUAACCAGUCUGAUUGCUAACACUAUUCAAAAUGCCACAAGCUUCCUCUUUCCUCUCUACUUUCGCAAAGGACGCACCACCUACCUCGUCGAUGGUGUCGAGGAGUGUCUCCGACCGAUCACUCAAGACGGCAGCCAAGACGUUGUCCCCCCUGCACAAUCGAUAUCUCCGAUCCCCUGGGCGCCUUUUCUCGUUCGCAGCCCUAAGGCGCGGCGUUACCUGUGGGAGAUCCGUCACCUCAUCAGCGAAGAAUGGGCGGUGAAGCUCAAGCUCCACGGAUUUUUCAACGAGAAAUUUUCAAUUCAGUUCAGUCAUAUUUUGGGUUUCUUGCUCGCCUGCUCUGUCGUCGCGGCAUACCAUGUCACCAACCACAUGGUGCUUUCCAACAUCCUAGGAUACGGGCUGUGUUAUGGAACGUUCUUGAUAAUGUCACCAACCACGUUCCCAACCGGCACUCUUAUCCUCUGCGGACUGUUCAUUUAUGACAUUGUCAUGGUCUUCUACACACCGUAUAUGAUCACUGUCGCAACCAAGCUCGACGCGCCCAUCAAACUUACCUUUGCGUCAGCCGCCAAGUCCAGCAUUCUCGGUCUUGGUGACAUCGUAGUUCCCGGUAUGGUCAUGGCGCUGGCUCUACGGUUUGAUCUUUGGCGCUUCUACAACAAGCAGGUCAAGUAUGUUGCCACAGAGCUGAAGUCAAAGGCGACUGGCCCAACAUCCGAUGACAUUGUCGUCGCUAGCGAGAUUCAACACAUGGCUAAGAAGACUCCAUAUAUCGACGUCACCGGUUCAUGGGCAGACCGCUUCUGGGUAUCGACUUGGUCUGGCUUGCUCACAUUCUCAAAGCCUGGAAACGACGCCCCAGUUUCGGUUCAGGUGGCUGCCUUUCCCAAGACUUACUUCUACGCAUCCCUUAUUGGUUACACUUUAGGGCUGCUGGUGACACUGGUCAUGCUGGUUGUGUUCAGGCACGGUCAGCCUGCGCUACUGUACCUUGUGCCAGGCGUCCUCGGCUCUCUCUGGUUGACAGGUCUGGUCAGGGGCGAGUUGAAAGAGAUGUGGACCUACACUGAAGACGGCACACUUGACACUCAGGAUGUCAUCGUCGAGCUCGAUAACUCCGGCAACGUCGUCAAGGAGAUCAAAGAUAACAGACAGAGCACAGAUGAGAAGGAGAGUGAAGAGAAGAAGAAAAAGUCGGAGCAGGCAACAAAGGCGGCCCAGUCCGGUUAUGAUGUCUUCCACUUCUCGGUCAGGGCGCCGCCGCGCGGUCCAGGCAAGGCGGAUGUUGCUCAGGAACUCGAGAGGAAGGCUCUCUAA